AUGGGCAAGUACGCUUGUCCAGGAUGUAGUCAUAUUUGUUUUGAGUGCAAUGGCUCUUCUGGGCUUCAUUCUUUCUUCUUCAUCUUCUACGGACUCGCUGCUCUUUGCUGUCGAUUCUUCCAGGAAGACAGGCCGCUGCCCAUGAUGGCUCUGAAGUACUGCUCGAUUAGCAAGGACGGCUCCUACAAGUACCGCUUCGGAGCGUUUCGAUUUCCCAGGGUUAUUCCGAGACACAUUCGCAACCACAUCGAGACCACAAAACUGAUUGGCCACAGCGGCAAUGACAAGAGAAGCAUCGACAACGACAGCGAAGGCCCUGUCGACGGUGGUGGACCGGCCAGCACGUUGGCAGCCAUCGCGACCGACAAUCUCAUCCUUCUCUUUCGCAUCUUGAUAUUCUACCGAGAAGCGUCACACUGUGACGGCUUCUACAAUGUCGUGGGAGACGACCUUGGCGGUUGGCCGGGUCACAUUGUGGAGGAGACGCAGUCCGUCUUUGUCGAAGGCAGGCGACUGUUUCUUCAACGGUUCUCGAGAACUGAUUACAUUUUGCCCGCGUCUGUGGAGAUGCUUUGCUCCCUUGUGGACGAGUGGAUCAACUUCCAGUCCACAGCUCAACGGCCCGCUGCCAACGUCCCGGCCUCCUGGGGCCGGCUCCGCGAUGCCUGGCGCAGUCGGUACAAGUCCAACCCAGGCAGCCGUCUCGUUGCAAGCCCACCACGGGUCGCGCCAGGCACAACACCCGCGUCUUUGUCAUAUGCAAGUAGUGAAUCAGGUGGCGAGGUAUUGCGGAUGGGAGCUGUGCCAGUUCCAAAACAAGAGGUCAGUCCUGUUGUACGCGCAUGGGUCAGUGCUCUUGCCGGCGCACAUGAUUGCAAACACCAAGAACGAACUGCCGCAAGAGCUACGGAUUGUGAUGGGGACUCUGACAGUGUUGCCCAGGACCAAGCUUAUGUAUCCGGGCCGUCGCAGACGCCGGAGUCAAAACAGGCCCUGGUAUGGCCACCAGAAUUUCCAGUGCAUGCCUCACGUUUGUGCCAGAUACGUGAUAACGCACGUUCGACCAAGCGGGACCGGCCUCCCUCGCCGGUGCGGGACUGCGCACUUGACGCAGUGCAUUCUUCUCAGAAAAAUGAGAACACAGCAUUACAAAAUGCCAGGCCUGUGGAAAUUCCCAAUGUGACAGCAAGCACUACGAGCUGCGCAGUCACCUCUGGGCCGCUUACAACGCGCUCAAGCCCCAUAAUGGGGAAUCCUAGCCUUCCCUUAGCUGUUCCUCGUACCUCGAAUACCAGCAUCACAUCUGCCCUGGCCAAUGUCAAUGUCGCUACGGACUCCAUCGACGCUCUAUUUGGCAUCGGCCGAAAAGGCCCCGAUCCGUCCGCAACAGCGGGCAAUACUAUGGGCGCUAAUGCAAAUCAAUCGAUGGGAACUUCUGACAAGAGUGCGACAAGUCCUGUGACCAACAUCCUUGGUUCACAAAGUACAAACAUUGCGUCGACUCUGGCAGGGGAUGAGGCCCCGGGCAGGACAGGAGCGUCGAACCUGACUCCUCCAACAUCAAGUGGCCCACCGGUGUACAAAGCUCGCAGAACGCCAUCCGAGUCUGCUUGGCAACUAGAGGGACGGAGCAACGCAGAGUUGGCGCGCCAGAUCAAGCCCGAGGUACCAAACUGCGUCGGUGCUUUGACGUCAGCUGCGAUUGCUUCCGCUCUCGCACCUCUACACAUUCCCGCAGGUGCUGUCUCGCCAACGCUGUCGGUUUCGUCUGCCUCGAGUUCAAUGUUCGUGACAAAGUACCCUGAGACGAUCGAGUCGGAACGUGGAGAAAAUGGCUCGGCAGUUGGUAGCAUCGGCAGCAACACAAACAACACCAAAAAGAACGAUCCGAAUGAGCGAAACAAAGGAGCUGUAGGUGCCGCUCGGGAUGCCAGUGUGGGCUCCACGGCAAAAAGCAAAGGCAGUGGCUUUAGCAAGGUUCCGGACCAAUUCAUCCUGCCGGACUAUUUGAGAAUAAAACAGGACGGUCCGCUAGGUAGCCCGGGCCACAAAGCAAAUGCUUCGGAGUCUGGAAUCAACCAAGGCAAGAAGCACGCCCGAAGCUCAAGCACCGGUGUCGAUGACGACCCGCCGGGUGGAAUUCCAGAGCGGCCUCGGAAGCGUGUAUCAUUCGGGUCGGUUAGUUACACCAACCCGGAGCAUCAGCCGCUGUCCCCGGCUGAGAGUGCUCAAACAAAGCGGAAAUCAUCUCUGUUCACGUCAACCGCCCAAGCAGCACAAUCUACACCAAAACAGGCGCCAGCGCUGCCCGCUCAGGAUCCUCCUCCUGCACGGCGUGCAAGCGAGCCGUCGCCGUCCAAGACACUUGGUGGCUCUGCCAGUCUACCCUCCAAGGCUUCACCGACUCCGAUCAAAGUAAAUGACAGCAGCGAUAAGCUUGCAAACAGACCCGUGGCCAAGCGUGAGGCUCCAGCCAAUGAGGUGGUUCCGGACAAAGUGCCUAGAACUGCCGUGGUACACUCACCGACCAAGUUUCACAGACUGUUCAUUGGACAAUCUCCGACGAAGUCCCGGGCUGCAGUGGCCAAAGUUUUGGCUGCGCCUGUGAAAUAUCAAGUGGUACCGCCGAAACCCGAGGCCGCACCAGCGAAGCCACCGUGCGGCCCGACGCAUCACCCGCCGUCGCUACCACCCAAGCCACCAGUGGCCCAAAUCAAAACGCAGCCUACCCCAGCUAUGUCACAGAAGCCUCCAAGAAAAGAUGCGCCGGCAAAGCCCGAGGCAAUUCCAACCAAGAAACAGACCUUACCGGUAAAGACUCAAUCAUCGCCGACCAAAAAGGUACUGCAAAGCAAGAAUGCCGUGCCGGCCAAGGCUGGCGAAGCGAUGCCAGCCCCAGCGGUAUCUAAGCCUCAAGUGCAAAAGAACAACGACACCAGGCCUGUUCUAAGUGACCUGAGCCUGCGCGAGACGGCCACGCCUCAGCCUCAGAUUCCGGCCACGUCCGAGUUUAGUGAGGCAGAACGCCGUGCCGAGCAAGCGCAGGCGGUUAUCGAGUUCAUCAAAGCUCAGACCACGGCACAGCUGGGUUGCCUACAGCCUCUCCUCAAGUCAGGUGGCGCGGAAAAUAACAUGCUCCAGUGCAACCUUGAGAUGAUUCGAGCGCAGCUGGAUGCGCUGGGUUAUGCAUCGCGUGCAGCUCUGGAUAGGAUCCAAGCACGGAAGCACCAGCGACGCAAAGAGAACGAGCCUGUUGCGGGAGCCUGA